UUAUUUCGCAGCUCACAGGUGGAGGUGACGUAUCUGAGGAGGAGAGGAAGGUUGGCGGAGGUCAGGACCACUGAGGGAACAGAGGCAGCAGGAUGGCUUCACCCGAAAAGGACAAGAUGGGCAAAGAAAUGCGGAAAAAACACAGAUGUCAGCAAUGUGAGAAGGCUUUCCACAACCUGAAGCAACUCAGGAGUCAUCAAAAAAGUCACACUGAAGAAAGACUGUACAGCUGUGAUCAGUGUGAGAAAACAUACAAAACAGUAAGCACGCUAAAUGUUCAUAAGAAAACGCACAGUGUCGAGAAAUCACAUAUGUGUGAGGAGUGCGGCAGUGAAUUUAUCUCAUUGGGAAACUUAUCGACUCACAUUCAACGGUAUCACACUGGAGAGAGACCGCACCAUUGUCAGCAAUGUGACAAAGGGUUUGUGACCCGAGGAGAAUUAAAGAGUCAUCAGAGGGUUCACACAGGAGAAAAACCCUACAGCUGCGGUGAGUGUGGGAAAAGUUUUUCAUGGCUUUCCAGUCUUGUCUAUCACCAGCGCAUCCACACUGGAGUGAAACCGUUCAGCUGUGAGGAGUGUGGAAGGAGUUUCACUCGACUAUAUUAUUUAAAGGUGCACAAGAACAUCCACACAAAAGAAAUGAUUUUCUCCUGUGAGCAGUGCGGUAAAGUUUUCUCUUCAUCAUCUAACCUUAGAAGGCAUGUUGUUAUGCACACUGGAGAGAAAUCACACGGAUGUGACCAGUGUGGGAAAACAUUCACCUUGAGGCAAUAUCUGAGAAUCCACACACGUAUUCACACUGGAGAAAAACCAUACAAGUGCAGACACUGCGACAAGACUUUCAUUUCACAUACUCAGCGCACAGCACAUGAACGCAUCCACACUGGAACGAGACCGUACAGCUGUGAGGAGUGUGGGAAGAGUUUCACUCAAUUAGGUGCUUUAAAGUUUCACAGGAACAUCCACACAAAAGAAAUGCUUUUCUCCUGCGAGCAGUGCGGGAAGGUCUUCACUUCUCGUGGCGCAUUUAAUUAUCAUAAAAGGAUCCACUGUGGAGUGAAACCCUACAAGUGCAAACAUUGUGAGAAGUCAUUCUCCACAUUAUUGUCCUGUUCAGCACACGAGCAUGUCCACAGUGCAGAGAGAGCCUACAGUUGUGGUGAGUGUGGAAAGACUUUUUCAAGGUCCAGCUACUUGAAAUCCCACCAGUGCUGCCACAGGAAGAGAAAACAUUCACAUGUGACCAGUGUGGGAAAGCCUUCACACUGUCAUGUAACCUCAGGCGUCACCUCGACACGUACACUCUAUUGAAACGGCAAUAAUGUGCCCUGUGCGGGAAAAAAUUCAAAAGGGUACAAAGUCAUCGUUGUACUCAUACUGAAGAGACAACCUGAAAGUGUAAAUGCUGUUAACAAACCUUCAUUAAGCAAUGGUGAAGUCAACAUACUCCGUCUUCCCUGUUUGCUUGUUCUAAAAGAUGUUUUUGGGUAUUUUAUUUGAUUAAAAAACUCAUUCCUAGCAUUAGCAUGGAUUUUUUUUUUAGUUAAUGUGUGUGCCAUCAUUUUUAUCGUUGAUUUCUAUUU